GCGGGCGGCGCUGCGGCGGGCGCGGCGGGGCGGCCAUGGCGGCGGCGCGGCGGGUGCAGCUCCGGGCGCAGCUGCUGCUGCUGCUGCUGCUGCUGCUCGGCGCGGCGGGGCCCGGCGCUCGGGCCGCGCGGAGCCGCGGCGCCGACCGCCAGAACAGCCUGCGCCGCGCCGCCAGCGGCCUCUACCAGGGCGUCAGCGGCCUCUUCGGCGAGGACAACGUGCGGGCCCUGCAGAAGUUUUUCUCAAGGUUGACAGAGAGGUUUGUGAAUGGGGUGGAUGUAUUAAUGGACACAUUCUGGAGAAUAUGGACUGAUUUGUUAGAUGUUCUUGGAAUUGAUGCCUCCAACCUGACUCAUUAUUUCAGCCCAGCAGCCAUUGCCAACAACCCGACCCGCGCCCUCCUGCUGAUCGGUGCCAUUUUGCUGGCCUACUGGUUUUUAUCUCUCUUCCUUGGAUUCUUCUUCUAUCUCCUGCACAUGCUGUUUGGCCGCUUCUUCUGGAUCGCCAGGGUGGCCCUGUUCACCCUGUCCUGUGUGUACAUCCUGCAGAAGUACGAGGGCGACCCGGAGCACGCCGUGCUGCCCCUCUGCUUCGUCGUCGCCGUCUACUUCAUGACGGGGCCCGUUGGCUUUUACUGGAGGAGGAACAGCAACAGCAGCCUGGAGGAGAAGAUGGACCACCUGGAUAGUCAGAUCAGGCUGCUGAACAUCCGCCUUUCCAGGGUGAUUGAGAACCUGGACAGGGGCACUGAGCAAUGAGCCCGGCCCUGCUGAGCACUGCACACCAGCUCUGGAAAAAUCCUAAGCACUGUCUCAUCCGAAGUGACGAAGCAACAAAACAUCACAUGGUAAAAAGUGUGCAAAGUUAUAACUUCUCAUCGUGUCUAAGACUAAUUUAUCUAGGUUAAACACUCAGCCGUUAGACUUCUAGGAGAAAGAAAAAAAACAUUUACAAAAUUCAGCUGUAUAUUCAGAGUUUUAUCCAGUACUAGAAUUUUCUCAGUAGAUAAACGCUUACUUUUACAAGCAUUUAAAAACAUCUUUUGUAAAGUUUUUAUAAGAGCAAAUUGAGUAGUCUUUCAGAUAUUGAAAUUGAGUUAAACAUAUGCAAAUUUGACACUUUAACAGUUAAAAAGAAAAAAAAAAUCUCAAGCUACCAAGCACUUCCAUUGAGAAGUAACUGCUGUGGGUCCAUAUUUUUUCUUCAGAGUUGUGAAUGUUUUUGUGUUUUUGUUGGCUUAUUUCAUUGCCUUGAAGUUGCCUUUCAUAGAGUAUCAGAUGAGGAAUUUUCUGGUAUCCAGGCCAAAAAAUUCUCACCAUAGCUUUUAACAGGAGGUGGGGAAUGAGGGAGAAGGAAGAUCUGAAGUCCUUAAAUGCCAGUCCAAUGUGAGGAAGCACACGUGUGGCAUUUUACCAUUGCAUUUCAUCCCGAGAACUUUAAUUUGUUAGUGUCUGGAAGGAAGUCUGCUUUAAUAAAUUGGCACAGAAGGAAGACGUAGCGUGACAAAUUGUAAUUCAUAUUUGAUCUGCACAGUGAAGCAUUUUCCAAGCUUAAGUGCACAGAGUAAAACAUGGUUUUUAAUCUCAGGACCCACGUACCUUCUCAGAAAAGGCAGCAGUUAAAACACGUGCAAAUGUAUUGUUGCUUAAAGCUUUCUCAGGACCAAUCAGCGGCAAUAAAUUAUCUUCAGGAAGAUCUGGAUUUUUUUCUAAAAUUACAAUAGUUUUAUAGGAGCUUUUUGCCUGAAGUCUAUGUCCUCAUGAGGUUUUGGGAAAAGCGAGUCACCUUUAGGAGGAGGGUGUAGGAAACGGUUCUCUUUCAAAGCAGUGGAGCUUUGGAGCAAUUUUAUUUUGCAGGAUUUCUGUGUUUCUUAGAAGCUAACGAGCUUGGUAGGGCAUCACUGGCUGUGCUGGUUUACUGAAACAAAGGGAACCUCAGGGAAGGAAGCCUGGGAUGUGGCUUCACCUGGAAACAGCAGCAUCCAAGGACACAGAUGUGAGCAGGGAGGGGAAGCACCCGCCCCUAGUGACGAGCACAGUUCUGGCACCACCAGGGGUAGGAUGGAGCACAGCUGGAGCAUUCCAUAUUCCAUAGGGUCCAAAAGAACAACUGCAUCAAAAAGCGCAACAAAAAUUGGUCUGGGAUGGGGCCUGGCUACCAGGCAAGGGAACCAGGAGGAGGAGGAGGAGGAGGGUCCCCAGCUGUGCCUGCCAGUGCCAGCUCCAGUGGGCUGAGCACAGCUUGUUCUUCCACUGGGCAAAGCCUCUGGGUGUGAUGCUUAACUGAAUGUAACUGUGGGGCAAGUUUCUGUUUCUCUUCAUGCUGAAGUUCCGUGUUCUUCUUGAAAUGUGUGUGUUACUUGCCUGACCUCUUUGGGUCUGUGUGUGGCAUUUCCAUGGGGGUUAUUUUUAAAUCCAUGUCAAUGGCCUUUACUCCUGGUGAUCACUUUGGUUCAACAAGGUUGAAGUUCAUAUGCACUUGGCACAGUCGGAAUGUGUUUUAAUUUUUUAUGUCACCUGUAAAUCCCCCUGCACCCCAUUUAUUAACAAGUACAUGGUUUAGAGUUGUUAAAUAACUGGUUAUCACAAUUUAGAAUCUUUCCUGUGAUCAAACAGGGACUAUGGCAAAAAAUAGUCCAUUUUGUAAAGCUGAAAAUAUGAAUUACAGGAAAUUAAUUUUUUCAGCUCAUUCUCCAUAGUAUUACAGAGUCUUCCCUGUAUUACUCAGUGAGAACUGAGUAUUACAGACUCAGUUCUCGCUGCUGUUGUGCACAGAGGACUGGGCUAAAACACCAACCUGGAAAUUGGGAAUUGACCAGUAAAGCUUGUCAGGUCUUGAUGUGUUUUGCCAAAUUUGAGACCUGAGGACCAAAGUUUGCAAACCUCGCUCGUGUCAGUGGCUCCAUGGCCUUCUUAGGACAAUGUGCAUGGGUCAGUUUGCAUAGGUUGUAUUUUGUCUAAUCCAUAUUUAACUUCAAAGUUAAAAAUACUGAACAUUUCUAUAUUAAGAGUUGUCUAUGAUAAAGGUUUCUUUGAAAGUAUUAUAUAAAAGUUAAUUUGGAUUAUAGUUUCUCCCUGUCUCACUCUAAUAAUUUAUCUUACUUUUGUAAAAUCGGCCCUCCUAUAUUAAUACUGUUUAUUUCGAUCACCCUGCUGCUUGAAAAAUGCUAUUUUUAUAUUUACUUGCAUCCCAUGUAUAGCAAAAUAUUAUGUGAAAAGCAGUAUAUAUAAAAUUGGGUAUUUUUAAUCAGUAUUUUUCCCAGCACUCAGUUUUCACGUUAGUCAAAUUCAGAAGUAAUGAUUUUUUUAAAGCACAAUCUAAUCUUCAGUAUAUAUAUAUAAAUAUAUAUAUAUAAAUAUAUACUUUAAAAUGCUCUGUAUUUUUAAACAUGCACUGUAGUGAAAGCGCUUUUGGGGACAUGAAUGUGGUAUUGUAUUUGAUCUCUUUCAACUUUUGUAAAUACCUUUUACAAGUAUUUUCCAUACCGGGCCAUCUAGUUUAUCCACGGAGGUUUUUGCUGUUUUUUAGAAACCCGUGCCAGUGGCUGCCCUGCUUUUGUGUCCCACAGAGCACCUCGGGGACAGGCAGGGCUCUGUGUCACCUGUGAGCCUGGCAGUGCCACCUGCAGGGGUGGCACUGGAGGGAUCCUCAGCAGUGACACCUGCAGGGUGGCACUGGGACAAACCUCAGCAGUGACACCUGCAGGGGUGGCACUGGGACAAACCUCAGCAGUGACACCUGCAGGGUGGCACUGUGACAAACCUCAGCAGUGACACCUGCAGGGUGGCACUGGAGGGAUCCUCAGCAGUGACACCUGCCCAGGAGAGGGGUGGCACUGGGACAGCCCUCAGCAGUGACACCUGCCCAGGGCAGGGGUGGCACUGGGACAAACCUCAGCAGUGACACCUGCAGGGGUGGCACUGGGACAGCCCUCAGCAGUGACACCUGCCCAGGGCAGGGGUGGCACGGGACAUUCCUGGUAGCUUUGGCCUUUUGCUGUGACCUCACGGAGCUCUGCCCCAGCCACAGCUGCAGGGAGCUGCUGCAGGGGCCCAGGUGACACAGGGACGGGCCCAGGUGACACAGGGACGGGCCCAGGUGACACAGGGACGGGCCCAGGUGACACAGGGACAGCCCCAGCUGGCAGCUCCUGCAGGACAGACCCUGCCCCUGGACCUUGCUGCAGGAGGUCCCAGCCCUGUGUGAGCAGGGCACAGGUGCUGAGGAGGGCUCUGCUGAGGGCAUCGGGAGCUCCACGGCCUUCCAGGGGCCCUCACCUGCCUGCUCUGGGACCAGCUGUGCAACCCUGCAGGGUUCUUCCUGUUCUUGAAGCUUUUCACCUGCCUGCUUUGGGACUCAGCCUUUGGAACCCUGCAGGGUUCUUCCCAUUCCUGAGGGUUUUACCUGCCUGCUGUGGGACCAGCCUCUGGAGCCCUGCAGGGUCUUGAAGGUUUUCACCUGCCUGCUUUAGGACUCAGCCUUUGGAACCCUGCAGUGCUUUUCCCAUUCUUGAAGGUUUUCAGCUGCCUGCUGUGGGACCCAGUUUUGGAACCCUGCAGGGUUCUUCCUGCUCUCAAGGGUUUUACCUGCCUGCUCUGGGACCUUGCAAUGUUUUUCCCGUUUUUGAAUCUUUUCACUUGCCUGCUCUGGGACCAGCUUUGCAAUCCUGCAGGGUUCUUCCCAUUCCUGAGGGUUUUCACCUGCCUCCUCUGGGACUCCGCCUUUGAACCCUGCAGUGUUUUUCCCAUUUCUGAAUGUUUUCACCUGCCUGCUUUAGGACUCAGCCUUUGGAACCCUGCAGGGUUCUUCCUGCUCUCGAGGGUUUUCACCUGCCUGCUCUGAGACCAGCUUUGCAAUCCUGCAGGGUUCUUCCUGCUCUGGAGGGUUUCAGCUGCCUGCUCUGGGACUCAGCCUUUGAAUCCUGCAGUGUUUCUCCCAUUUUUGAAUCUUUUCACCUGCCUGCUCUGGGACCCAGCCUCUGGAACCCUCCAGGGUCUUGAAGGUUUUCACCUGCCUGCUUUAGGACUUAGCCUUUGCAAUCCUGCAGUGUUUUUCCCAUUCUUGAAGGUUUUCACCUGCCUGCUUUAGGACUCAGCCUUUGCAAUCCUGCAGUGUUUUUCCCAUUCUUGAAGGUUUUCAGCUGCCUGCUGUGGGACCCAGUUUUGGAACCCUGCAGUGUUCUUCCUGCUCUCAAGGGUUUUACCUGCCUGCUCUGAGACCCAGUCUUUGAACCCUGCAGUUUUUCUCCCAUUUUUGAAUAUUUUCACCUGCCUGCCGUGGGACCCAGCCUUUGAACCCUGCAGCUUUUUCCCAUUUUGGAUGUUUCCAGCUGCCUGCCGUGGGGCCCAGCCUCUGGAGCCGUGCCGUCCCCCUCGGGCUCCUGUGGGCACACCCCUGCAGAUACCCGGUGUCCUGUGGAGUGUGACUCUUUCCCAGUGCUUUGGGCGUCAGGGUGCAGUGUACAAACCUGCUGUGGCUCCGUGCUGUGCUUCUGCUCGUCCUUCCCUUCGUGGUGUGCUUCUCGAGGCUCGUUGCGUCGUCGCUGUGGAAAAUGCCCAGUAUCAACCUUAGCUCUUCGGUGGUGUGGAAGUGUUCAAGUGUGGUUUGCCUCUCAUACUGAUCCGUAUUUGGCAGCUAGUGACCAUGAGUUCUCUUUGUCUGGGUUGGAAAGUAAAAGGUUUUAUUGUAUCCGCAUGUAUUUUGAACUUUUUUGGAUAAUUCCAUCGACCUGUGAUGGCAGCACAUGUAAAAACCGAUCUUUUCCUUUUAUUCAGAAGUUCUAUUUGCUGUGGUAGCACUUGUUGUGGGCACUGAUGGUGGUGAUUUCACAUCCUGUUCUGUGCAUCAGGUUUCAUGAUUACAGUGUUUAAGUUUGUACAAUUGUUUAUGUAAAAAUGAUUUGGUCUGGAGGGAUGCUGUGAGUUCACUUCUGAUCCCAGACACACACGAGAUCCCACUGGUAACCCUGUUUAGUAGUUACAGCUGUACCAGACUUAUUUUCUACAGAGCUUUACAUGCCUUUAUUUAUUCCUUUAUCGGACCACCCAAACCAUGUACUCCGUAGCUCAGCAUUUGUAGACCAGGUUCACAAAUCAGCCUAAGGUAUCGUGGUAAAGCUUCGAAUAAAUGUUUACUGAGACUUUGCA